AUGCCAUGUCCAAAGCUCUGGGGUUUCCUGACAGUUUUUGGAUCUGCUUGCAUUUACUUAUCAUUUGGUUACAAUCUCACCACUGGUUAGCGUCUUUUUACUAAUGACUUUUUUAAAGGCAACAUGAAUCCAUAUCUCAUUGCCUAUCUGGGCAUAUCAAGGAGUCAGUGCAUAUGGUUUAAGGCAGUUAUAUUUGCUGGGCAAGCAUUGAGUAUGCCAGUUGGAGGCAUACUAGCCUCAAAAACAGGCUUCCGACUCGUAACGAUCAUUGGCUCACUAUUGACAAGGUGAGUAAAUAUUUAAAAAAUCAAUUGUUUUUAAGAAAAACUUAACACAUUCCUUGCAGAACUGCAUCUUACCUAUUUAUCGUCUGUUUCUUGUAGCGCUGGAAUCCUUCUUUCUUACCUAACCAUCAAUUAUGGUUUUGGAGCUUUCAUUAUAACAUACAGUGUGAUGUUUGGCAUCGGAAUAGGACUGCCAUACUCUGUCCUUAUUUCGAUAGCUACCUCGGUAAGUAGGAUUUUCGGGCUUUUGCAAUAAGCCUAAGCCUAGUAAGCACCAAUUAAUUCUUUUUAAAGGAAAAUGUCCAUUUAAAUUUUAAUAUUUUAGUGGUUUCCGAAGAAUCGGGCAUUAAUAAUGGGCAUAUUAUCGGCUGGUUUAUGCAUUGGAGGUCUCGUGUUCAAUCCAAUUCAGAUAGCUGUGAUCAAUCCGCAUAACAUCCGGAAUCUAACUGAGUGAGUUUCCAUUGAAACUGACACAAAUGCAACUGAUAUCAGUUACACAUGUAUCAACUAAGAUGAAUGAGGGCGAGUAUCGUUCCUGUGUCCAAUCUAUUUGUUUGUUUCCAUGUACUUGUGAUCGUCAAUUAAUUUAUAAUUGUUUUUUUUCUACCUUAAGUUCACAGGUUAAAGAUAACGUACCAAAGAACUUCCUUGUUCUCGGCGGAUUAAUGUUAGUUCUACAGGUCAUUGGCCUAUGUCUGUGCAGGAAGUGCAAAGAAAACACCAAUACUGACGUAAAUUUGUUGAGAAAAAACUGUUUUAUCGCAUUUGUGGUUUUACUUAUUGAAAGGUUUAACUCUUAUAGAAACCAAUGGGUCCCGAAUCGACAGACGUUGAGUAAGUGCCUUCAAUAUCUACCAAAAUGUUCUAUUGUGUUCGUUUGCGAUCGUCUAACAACAUUCGGGCGGAUCGCAUUUUUGAGCUAUCACCAAUUUAAUAAGUGCUUGCAUGAAUUUCUGCUUCUGCAUAGGGCACCGAGCGAAAGUUCAUCUUGGCCAAACUUAUCACAUUCAAUUGCCAACAACGGAAUAGACCAUAAAAGGCGAGGUAAGAAAUCUGGAAAUUAUCCAUAAAAGACAAAUAUAUACUAACACUGCAUCCAAUAAUCCGUCAUAUUUUAGGCAAGAAGUUAUCAAUUAUACGGUAUCGGAAGCACUGA